AUGUUUAGAAGAUAUAUUCAAAUAAAUAAUGAAAGUCGUGAACAGUUACUUGUCAAGAUCCUCGUGUUUGAGCAUGGCAGGGGAUCCUACUACGUGCAGCUUCCCGACGGUUCCCUGCAGGUCACCCACCACGUGGACGGCGACUCAGGCAUCGUGGCUGAGGUCACCUACGAGGGACAUGCUCAAUACCAAGCCCACCAACCUUCCUACCAUCCUACACCUGCAUACCAGCCUACCCCUUCAUACCACACCACCCCUUCCUACCAUCCUACACCUGCCUACAGGCCAACACCUUCUUACAGGCCGAGACCUCAUCACUAA